UCGAUAUAUUUACAUUUUGUUAGAACAUUCACAUACACACAUGUCGACGCGCGAAGAACACCAAUAAAUUCGUUUUGUUUAGCCAACUAGAAUAAUAAUCUUAAUAUUAACAAUAAAACCUUAAAUUUAAAGUAAACAAGUCAAUUACAAAAAACUAAAACAUGGCAGCCAAACAAGCCCUGGAGCAGCCGCAGCACCAGCAAUUCGCUCUGUUGCCGAAGAUCAUCAAUGGCGGCAUCGCGGGCAUCAUUGGCGUCACAUGUGUGUUCCCUCUGGACUUGGUCAAGACUCGGCUGCAGAACCAGCAGAUUGGACCCAAUGGCGAGCGGAUGUACAAUAGCAUGUUCGAUUGCUUCCGCAAAACAUAUGCCGCCGAGGGAUACUUUGGCAUGUACCGAGGUUCCGGCGUAAACAUCCUGCUGAUAACUCCCGAAAAGGCCAUCAAGCUUACCGCUAACGACUACUUCCGGCACAAGCUGACCACCAAGGAUGGAAAGUUGCCCAUCAGCAGUCAAAUGGUGGCCGGUGGUCUGGCCGGUGCGUUCCAGAUCAUUGUUACGACGCCAAUGGAGCUGCUCAAAAUCCAGAUGCAGGAUGCGGGAAGGGUAGCGGCGGCUGCAAAGUUGGCUGGCAAGUCCGUGGAGAAGGUGUCAGCCACCCAGCUGGCCACCCAACUCCUGCGGGAAAAGGGCAUAUUCGGCCUUUACAAGGGCAUCGGAGCCACUGGUCUCCGAGACGUCACAUUCUCCAUAAUUUACUUCCCCCUGUUCGCCACCCUCAAUGACUUGGGUCCUCGGCGAAAAGAUGGUUCUGGAGAAGCUGUUUUCUGGUGUUCCUUCUUGGCGGGUCUGGCAGCUGGAUCUACCGCUGCCCUGGCCGUCAACCCAUUCGAUGUUGUUAAGACACGACUCCAGGCGAUUAAGAAGGCAGAUGGUGAAAAGGAAUUCAAGGGAAUAUCGGAUUGUAUCACCAAAACCCUGAAGCACGAGGGCCCCACGGCAUUCUUUAAGGGCGGCCUAUGCCGAAUGAUCGUUAUUGCCCCCCUAUUUGGUAUCGCACAAACGGUGUACUAUCUAGGCGUAGCCGAAAAUUUAUUGGGCGUUGAGAAGCACUAAUGGAAAUGUUACAGAGAUACUCGUUAAGGGCGGAUAGAUAAGACAGAAGCAUUUUAAGUCUAAACUCUGAAUGUAAAUUGUAUCGUAUAUUGUAUUUAAAUGUUGUUAAAGCUGUCCAUGAGUGUAAUUGUGAAGUCUCAAUGUUAAGGAAAAAGUUAUCGAGCGUUGAACUAUCCAGACAAAUACCAUAAACGUUGUUAAAGUUUCCCCAUCCCAUAAAGUAUAUCCGUUCAAUAUAUAUUCUAUUUAGUGCAUGUGCAUAUGGCGAAAACAGACCAUAUCAGAGGCCAUCUGAUACUCCAAUGACAAUAAGAUACAACAAAUCAAUGCUAUUGUUGCGCGAAUGUUUUUGUUUAUAGCUUAAUUUAUAGAUGUUGUGUUUGAAUAUGUCUCUCUUUGAAAACAUACUCUUCCCGAGCAAUGGUUUUGCUUCAAACCGUAUUAAUAAUGCAUUUUAGUUUGCGGCUAGGUAAAGUUUAACUUUUAGUAGCUAUCAGUUGGAGAACAUGACUUGACAAAUUGUAUACUUUAUGGAAUUCCGUCAGAAUAUAUAAAAAAUAUUAAAAAUGUACUAAAUGUAAA